AAUAACAUUGUGAGAGCUCCCAUUACUAAGCACUGUAUGUGAGCAUGGCUACUCAGUGGAUUCUCUUGCUACUGUUGGGGUGUGCCCUUGCUACUCCUUUUAGUAGACUAACUCCAGAAGAAGAAGCGCGUCGUCAAAAACGGCAAGAAUUGUUGGAAAACCCCGAUACGAAUCUCGUUGAUCGUAUUUUACUAGUGAACGAAGAAACUGACGCAGAUUCGAAUUUGAUUGACGGGGAUAUCGCGAAAAACCCCAAAAUCCGAAACGAGAAACGAAGCAGCACCCAUAGGGAAGUAAAUUAUUUAUGGAAAAGUCGUAUCAUUCCUUAUGUCAUCGAUCCCUCACUAAGUGAUGCAGUAAGCAAUAUCACUAAGGCUAUUGCAAACUUCCACGAUAAAACCUGCAUCAAGUGGGUUAAAAGAACUAACGAGCCUUACUAUUUGCUCUUUAAAAAACUUACAGGAUGUUGGUCAUUUAUCGGCCAAGCUCAAGAUCCAAGGGGAUAUCAAGAAAUAUCAAUCGGCAAUGGUUGCAAUUUUGUCGGGACAAUCAUGCAUGAAAUGAUGCACGCCGUUGGAGUAUGGCACGAACAGUCUCGACGUGAUCGGGGAACUAAAAUUGAAAUCAUGUGGGAGCAUAUUAAAGAUGGUGUGGAUUCAAAUUUCGAAGCCCAUGGCCAAGAAACACUUAAUCUUCAAGGAACUCCAUACGAUCCUGACUCCCUCAUGCAAUAUGGUAAUUAUGCUUUCAGUAAGGAUGGAAAGAUGACUAUCCGGUUGUUGAGUAACCCAGAAGCUGUAUUUGGACAGAGAGAGGGAUUCAGCAACGAUGAUGUGAUUGCACUUAACAAUCUCUACAGCUGUUCAGUCACAGACGGUGGUUGGAGUCUGUGGACAUCUUAUUCUCCAUGUGAUGCCAAUUGCCUUAAAAAACGAUCAAGGUUCUGCACCAAUGUGAAUAGUGCCGCCUGCAAUGCUGCUAUUCCCGGAGGCAUAGAACAGCAGACAAAAGUUUGCCCUAAUGAAGAGUGCUACGCUCCGGUUGCUGGACACUGGGGCAAAUGGUCUGCCUGGGGCGCGUGUAGUGCAACUUGUGAUGAUGGUAGCCACACCCGAACGCGAGUGUGUGAUGACCCAGCACCCAAAUACGGUGGAGCUGCCUGUGCUGGAAGCAACAGCCAAACUGGUGUUUGUAAAAUCAAAUCCUGUGGUGGAGGUCCGGGAGACUGUGAAUUCGAUGAUGAUUCUCAGCCACUUUGUGACUGGCAACAAGACGCGACAGACACCCAAACUAAGUACCCAGACUGGCUGAGAGGAUCUUCUACUAAAAGUUCUAACACAGGACCAGUCGGAGAUCACACCACAGGAAGCGGCAAGUUCGCCUUCGCAGAAGCAUCUGGUUGCUUAGGAAACGAGGGAACAACCAUUAGACUUCAGAGCGUCGAUUUCCCAGCAACAGGUGGUCGAUGCUUGACCUUUUGGUAUUAUGCUCUUGGUGCGAAAGUAGGCCAACUUAACGCAUAUGUUCGUGACGUUGGUAAUGGGCAGAUGACAAAACUGCAUGGAAUUUCGGGUAAUCAAGGAGCAGAAUGGAAAAAAUUCAAUGUACAUUUCUCCCAUGCUUCCACUUACAAGAUCGUAUUAGAGAUGGUAUGUGGCGGAGACUAUAGAGGAGAUAUUGCUGUUGAUGACAUUAAAUUCAAUGACGGUCCAUGUGCAUAAACACCACAAUGAUGAAAACCGUGAUCAAGAUUGGCCACAAGGAAGUGACUCACAAGAGAGUCCCGACACAUAAACAAAAGGACUAAAAUGACACUCUAAAAGUAGUAUGCCGUAAUCAACCGACGAUAAAACCCAUUUCCACCCACCCCUACCCUACAACAAAACAUCUAAACACGUUCCCCAUAAAUCUCCAAUGGUCGUCGAGUUAUAUUUAAGGAUAUUUAAAGAUAUAAAUUGUUAAUUGUAACUGGAUAAACUGUUUGAUUUUGAUGAUAUUAAAGUAUUGACGAGCAUUAAA